GUAGUCCACCAGUCCGCCAAGAAGAAGAAGAAGAAGAGGAAACAGUGGAGCAUGAGCAUUGGUGCACAGACAUAAGGAGCAAUGGCAGAAACAAGCAUUGGUGUUUUGGGAACGGUCAGGACGUUCCUUGGAAGUGCAGUGGCGGGUUUUGCUUUUGGAGAAGCUGCAUUAUUCGCAGUUAAACCCACUCUAACUGAAGAUGGUGUCCUGCUGUCUGCUGCCACUGUUGCUGCCGGGCGAGUCGGUUCUACUGGAGUAGGUGUGGUCGCCGCGUGUCUCGUAUUCACAUCCAUGCUCUUAUCUCUCGGAACCAGUUUUCUCCUCGCUGCAAUGGUGAUAAAGCUGGUCAAUAACGUUGGAGUGAGGUUGCCGUGGUUAUCAGAGAUGACAACAGGAGCCUCUGUCGUGGUGGGCGCUGUCACUACUGGACUUUCAGCUGGAAUCCUUCCACCAUGGAUCUACAUCACAGCUCAAGGCAUUCUGGUCCUUAUGGUCUACUCAUACUCCAAUAUUAACGACAUGACCACAGCUUUGUUAAUCAUCUUCACCACUCUCUUCCUCAGCCUCCUAUACGGAAGGAUGGGUGUCAUAACUGGACUCUUUGUCAUGGGAUUUACCAUCUCUGCCCUCUUUGCCCUUCGAAAGGCCCUGACAGAGAGGAUGACACAGAGACCAAAAUCUAAAACUGGUUGCCGACUGCUGGAGAGGAUAUUCUUCUACUCUGUUGCUGUAGGGAUUCUGGGAUUUUCAGUAGGUGUAGGGGCAGGUGAAGCAGGAGAAGGGUCACAGGAGGAGGUGGUUUUGAUGCUGCAGUCAGUCCUCUGGGUGGCGUUUCUGUCUGCAGGGCUGCUAGGUGCAGGUCUGGGAACAGUGGCCAUGGUCGGGCUGGGGCCAGAGGUGGCUGGAAAGGUCGCUGUGGGUGCUGCUAUAAUAUCAUCAGUGGCCUUGAGAGCCAUCCUGCAAUCAUACUCUUCUCUAGGAGCCCGAAGCUGCACGGGGGGAACGUUAGGAGUCGCUGCAGCUGCAGGGGUGUCACUCGGGGCUGCAAGCGUUGCAGCAAAGCAGGCGUUUGGGUCUAGAAAUUCAGUGUUAGCACUUUUAGGUUCAGUCGUUGUCGGUGCAGUUCUGGCCUCGCGAGGUUUAGCACUGAGAGGGACUCUGCUGACGACAUCAGAACUUAUAACAAUUGCUCUUGUUGCAGUAGGGGCGUUUGUUCUGGGUGCACCAAAGAGCCCGUUCAACACUCAGGUGAAUCUACAAAGGGGCCUCCUCACAGGGCCAGAGCUAAUUAAAGGAAUCGGCAUGGAGACGGUCACCGCAGCAGCAGCACCUAUCGGCGCCGGGGCACUUGGGGCCGCAGCGUUAGGCACCGCGGCUCUGGGGAAACUGGGAACUAUGGGAGUUCUGGUAGCUAUAGUGUUGGCUUUGGGAAGUGCUCUGAGCGGCAUGAUGGGAAAAGCACCAUCGACAACAAACGCACACAGAGACUGAUGGACAUCUGAGCGUAGAUCUUUUUCUUCUGCUGAUCAAUAAGGUGCCUGAAACUAAUACUUAAUACACCGAAAAGCACAUUUGCUUAUCAAUCAGAUAUGAUUAUUGUGUCAUAAACGUGUAUUAUUGUGGAUAUCAGUGUUGAAUUAAAGAAAUGACAAAUGUUAACAAAGGUUUGUGUGAGGAAAAAAAUAAAUGUUUUGGA